GCCUCUUCUCGUCUGCGGCUCUUCGGAAGGGACGGUUUCUAAAUUUUCUCAACUUUUUUUCGGGAAACGUUCGUCUGAAGUUGACCAUACAAGAUGCCGAGGGUGACACCGAAGUUAAGAAAACCGCUUGUUCCUCCUUCUGGAAAGGUUAUGCCAAAGACUAAAAAGACCCAAGCGGCAACCGAGUCUCCAAAAAAGUCGAAGAGUUCGAGUAAGAAGGAUAAAAAGAGCAAGUCCUCAUCUGCAACAUCGUCCCCUGCAAAGAAGAAAAGCUCCUCAUCCAACAGCUGCGGAGGUAGCAGCAAUAACCCGUCCAGUGGAGGGAACUAGCACGACCAUGAGGGAGAGAGAGAGAUGAGCAAGUUUUGUAACGUCAAGCAGCAACCGAUGACAUUUCUGAUCUGCCUUCAAGUGCACCUAAGUCCCGGAUGUUCGUGGGUUCCCGGAUGUCAAUGAUGUCCCGGAUGUCCAUGGGGUCCCGGAUGUAAAGGCUUUACCACAACGGCGCACUAACCAUUUCAAGAAGGCUACUUGGACGCAUUAUGUACAUGUAGAUAGGCCUGUAGAAGAAGGGCUCUAAGAAAGCAAGCAUUAAAGACUUAGUCUUUACGGGCUAACAUAGAAAUUUGCGUUAUUGGUACUGUUGUGAAUUUAUAUUCCUUAAAUGGUAGAACGUAAUGUUCUGAAAAUAAAGGUCACGGGUUGUGACUUAUAUGUAAUAGUGAUUAGUGAUUGGUCAGCAGAUCCACAGACAAGAGAAGCGAACAUUUAGAAUUAGAUACAACAAAAUAGCGUCCACACUACUGUAAUUAAAAUAUGGAGCGUUACUUAAAUGCUGGGUUCAAUAAUAUAUAUGAGUAGAUUCUGGGUUUUCAAACCCUCCUGAGCGUUCCCAAUUAUGCUAAUUAGCUAACGUCAUAGAGCGUUCCCAAUUAUGCCAAUUAGCUAACGUCAUACACGGCUGAUAGUACAGGAAAUCACAUUUACUGACGAGAAAUGUGCA